CAGAGAUUUUGUCCGUGGCCCACGGAAUGAUCUAAGUAAUUAAUUUGAUCAUUCUUUCGUUUGGAUCAUCAAUUCGUCGAGACCCAUUUGUUGGGAUAAGCGCGAAGUGCCACCACUGAUCGAAAAGAAAAGCCGAAGUUGGAAAGCUUUUUUGGAGAGGAGCACCAAGAAGCUCGAACUGAGCACGUCAAUGGCGAGAACCAGGAAAAGGGUUCACGCGACUCGUCGUGGUGCUGAUGGUAGCGCAUUCGAGAAAUGCGACAAUUGUGGGGCGUCGGUGGCAAUCGCUCUUGCCGACAUGCAUGAGUGCGAGGAACCCAAGAAGGAAGUGAAGAGAUUCAGAGGGUUCUGUGGCAUUCUAAAGAGUAACUAUGUUGGGGAAGAGAGCACCGCCGAUCAGCCCAGAUCGGCAUUUUGCUUCUUCAUGGAAAGCUUUCUUAGGAACAGAGAGGGUGUACAUUCAAUCGACAUCGAAAGAGAGGGAUUCGAAACAUGGAAGAACAUGUCCGUGGAGGAGAGGCAACCAUACAUCAUUCAGGAGCGAAAGGUAAACUCAGUUUACCAGGAAGCUUUGCUUCGAGAGAUAAAUGAUGCAUCUGAGAUGGACGAUGAGGCGGACUCUGCUAUGGUUGGGAAGUUCGAUCUGGUUCGUGAAUUUUCUUAUGCUCACUUAAGCACAGAACUCAUCUUCUUUCCCAAGCAUAUGCCUUUACAACAUCCUUUUCGUAAUCAGUCACAGUUCUAUGAAGACUUUGAAGACGACGACGACGACGACUCUGGUAGCUUCGAAGCACUCCCUAGCUUCACCACCUAUGAAUGGCGAAUGGUCCGCUCGUGGGUCGUUAAGAAACCCGAAUCUGAAGAUUGACAGCUGCUUCGAAGGUUAUCGAUCUGGUCGACUUACUAAUGACGGUGUUCUUAAAUGAGGAUACUGCAGAAUUUUGGCGAACUCACCGUGUUCAGUGAAGGCGAGUCAUUUUGGCUAUUGUAAAGAAACAUAGUUGUCCAUAGUGUUAUCAGUCAGGAAGUUUUUCCACUCAAACAUGGACUCGCUGAUCUAACCCAUGAAUGAUCAAACUCAGUGCUAAAUCGGUGCUCCAUUUC